AUGCCAUGGGAUUCUGAAGAUGCUGAAGAAGACGAGAUAAUGUUAGAGCAAAUACGGAUUGACGACCUAGAGGACGUUGCUUUUCUGCCUGACGAGGGGGGUGCCACGCGAGCCCCGAACAGCAGACUAAAGCAUUAUGCGGCCCGUGUUCUCACUAGGCAACGCGACUAUCUAUGGAGGACUGUGGAAAGGUUCAAGAUUAUAAUAAUGAUUGCUAUUGCUCUAGUCGUUACCUUGGUGCUGAUGACCUUCGUCAACAGUGAAGACAACACCCUUCCAGAGCGCCUUCCUGAUGAAUCUAUUGAGCUGGCUCAACAGGUAUUUGAACAGCUUGCGAAUACAACUAUUCCACCAUUUGCGCUCACGUACGCUCCAAUAGUUAUUCUAGACAGAGAGGAAACGUACUUUCCUAGUGACCUCUCGGUACAUAUUCAAAAUACUCAUCCAACUCUCAAUUUUACGCCUACCCCGGACACCUCUUAUCCUCUCAAUCUCUCCAAUCUAGACCAGCUAAACAAUUUUAAUGGCGGAGAUGUCUACCUCAGUUCACGCGAACCAAUUGUAUCCUUACCAGUCUGGCUACGUGGCCAAAAACCAGAAGAAAACAGUCUCCGUACCGAUAAUGCAACAAAUUGUGUGAUAGUAGUCGUCGAAAAAGAGUUAGAGAGGAAUGAAACGUUAAAUAAAGAUCUCAAUGUAGUCGACGUUUUCUACCUUUACUUCUACAGCUUUAACGACGGACCUAGAGGACUAGGUCGCCAAGUCGGAAAUCACAUAGGUGACUGGGAACACAACAUGAUACGUUUUACAGACGGAAUUCCGACAGCUAUAUGGUAUUCACAGCACGGAUUUGGUGCUGCUUAUACCUUUGAUGCGGUGCAAAAAAUUGGCAACAGACCUGUGGCUUUUAGCGCCCGUGGUUCGCAUUCAAAUUGGCCAGAGGCCAUGGCUCAUGACUUCCACGGGAUUGAUGCAAGAAUUCCGUCCCACCUAGCAUUUGACUACACCUCCCGUGGCAGAAUAUGGGACCCUACCCUGUCAGCGCUUUUUUAUACAUUUAACAAGACUCAACCCUCUCUUAACCCUGAAUCAAACUCAUCAAGUGCAGAGUCUGGUAUUUAUACUCCUGCAUUACCUUCUCAACCAACGGGAUUCCUUUAUUUUAACGGCCAGUGGGGUGACCAACAAUUGCGAAUAGAAGAUAAAGGGCAGGAAGAGAUUUUCGGAUUUUUCAAGUGGGCCGGCGGUCCAAAAGGUAUUGGCUGGGGCGACAAGGUCAUGUCGCGAGAUAAAGUAUGUCCAGAUACAACCAUACCGGACGCACCAAAUCAAGCAAAUACUAGCGAUAAGAUGAGUAUAAGAGAGUGUAUUAUUCGUGACUCUAUCUAA